AUGGAGCUUCGUUACAUCCAAAGCGUAAGGGCUGCCUUCAACCCUGCCUACACCCAACUGGCGACGGACGGGCUAUACCUUGCCUUGCCUCAUACACGCUGCUCUGUCGGCGUCUGGAGUCUGCAACACCUGGCUUACAAGCCCCUUGAACUGGAGGGUCACAGAAAAAUAUUGACAAGUAUCUCCUUGGGAAGUAGGAGUUCCCCAAAAUUACUAUGUUCAGCUGCAGAGGACUAUGUGAUAGUAUGGAACCUGCUGCAGGCAAGGCAAAUGGUGGACAAAGGUGUACAGAUCCGUGGUCAGAUUAUAGGUACAUCUCUUGGACACAUCCACUACUGCUCCUUCAGUCCUGAUGAUACACUGGUGGCCGCUUGUUGUGGAUCAGAGGUCAUCAUCUUAGACACCAGUACAGAGCGACAGGUAGCAACUCUCGAGGGUCACACAAGUAAACUGACCAGUGCUGAAUUCUGUCCACACUAUUCUGCAACAUUGGUCACCAUUUCAGAGGACAGGACAUUCAAGGUGUGGAAUAUAGAAGAUUUUAGUUUGGUUUAUCAGUCACCAAUCCUUACCGCUUCUCCUUUCAUCAGCAUGGCCAUGAAUUUCUCCCAGCCACAGGUUGCUAUAGGAACAGCUGAUGGUCAGGUACGAGUUUUUGAUUUGACUGAUGGAAAGGGGUUUAGGCAACUGCAUCAAAUUGAUGUCACAAAACUUGUGAGGAAACAAAAAUCUGCCCAACAGACUAGUUCACCCUCACCUACAGGCCCAGUGACCAUCAGUAGUAAACCUACAUGGAAGAGAAUUGACCAGAAUGAGAUGUUGCCAACUGGUGAUCAGAAUGUCGAAGAUGAAGCUGAGACAGGCUGCUCAGUUCUGGGCCUUUACUUCACAUACUUGCCACAAAGUGGUGAUGUAGAGGAAAAUUCAUCAAAACCUGUGUUCUUACAACACAACAGCACAGUAGUAAAGGAACUUCUGAGCACCAGUCCUAUGCUGGUGGUGGGGACUACAGGUGCCCUUUUUCAGAUCAAUGCCAAGACACUGGAUGUUUGUAAAUUUUGGGAUCUGCAAGAUCCUGUACAGAUUGAUAACGGCCUUGUUACAGAAAAUAUGUCCAUAAAUGCCGCAGGGGCCAUCUACAUUUCCCAGAGUGCUAAUACACAAAAGCUGUGGUGUAUUGUCUGUGGUCAUUUUCAAAACACAGUCCAUAUUUUGGAAUGGUGCCAUGGAUCAGCUAUAGACAAGGUGACCUCUGACCUUGGCAACAUUGAGGUUGAUGAUCAAGAUUCUAACUUACCCUCAUGGGCAAAGGACAGUGUGGACACCAGGGAUUUGAUUGCUCAGGCCCAGAAAGCAGAUGAACUUACUGUCCUCUCCAAUGUUGCAUUAGCUGAUAACUCCCCGCUCAGAUCUGAGCUUGUCUUUAAACAGAAGGAGGACACCAGGACAAAGAAACAGAAAGGUUAUCUGACCCCUAACAAGAAGUCUGGACAACGUAUUGAAGACCAGCCAUUGACAUUCAAAACCAGUGUCAAAUCCUCGGGAUACACUGCCACUCCAAGGAAUACAAUGUUUAAACCAAGAACAGACUUCUCUAGUAGUGCUUCAGGAGCCAGACGACUGCCAAAGUCAGCUUCAUCUGGAUCUGUUGUUGGGAAGGUGAACCAGAAACAAUACCCUACUGACUGUGCUCCACCAGCAUUGUUACACACCAAGUUGAAUGUCGCUGAACGCCCAACACCAAUCCACAGUGUUAAAUUUUCUGAUGAUGGACAAUGUCUGGCAUGUGGAUUGGCCAACAAGUCAGCACAGAUGUUUUCCAUGCCCUUGACGGGUAAAGGCUCCAGCUUUGUAGGUCAUGACCACACUGUGUCUUGUGUAAACUGGAGUCACGAUGGUAACUGGUUGAUCAGUUCGUCAGAUGACAGGACAGCCUGUGUAUGGGGGAAGGGACGGGCUGAGCCCCUUAUGACCUUCACAACAACAGUCAAUAACUUCUCUGUUGACAAGGAAGGAGCUCAGCCACAGAAAGUCAGCAAGGAGAACCCUCUAUUCCCCAGGGAGGUGAAGUUUGGUCGGUUCUACUACAUGGACAAGUUUAUCCUCCUCACCUCAGGAAGUACAAUGUUUAUGUACAAGUAUCACCUGGAUCUCACCAAACAGGAUAUCAAAAGAUACCUGAGUAAGAGUAGAUACAAGUUGGUGACAAGUUUUAGUCUGGAGGCACAACAGAUCACAGCACUGUCAGCAGUCAAUGGUUUCUAUUCCUAUCUGGUGUUGUGUGCUGGGACUAACAAAAGUGUAGAGAUCAGAGAUAUGAAUGUUGAUCAAACGGUGCGAACAAUGAGUGAUGUCCACACAAAGCCAGCUCACACAAUCUGUCAGAAUGAGGGAUCUACCUUUACUUCCCAUCCUCCAGAUGCAUAUGACCUGUUUGUGACGGCCGCUGUAGGAGAUUGUAUUAAACUGUGGGACAUGCGAACCAACAGAUGUGUGAGGAGGUAUGAAGGUCACCUUAACAGAGUAUAUCCAUGUGGUGUGGAUCUCAGUCCUUGUGGACGUUACUUAGCAACUGGUUCUGAAGAUAGAUCAACAUACAUCUAUGACAUAAGAACUGGGACAUAUUGUCACAAGCUGACUGACCAUACAGAUGUGGUUUCUGAUGUUGCCUUUCACCCUAAAUAUCCACAGCUCCUCUCAUGUUCUUUGGCUGGGAAGUUGGUGCUUUAUUCAGACAAGAUAUCCAGCUGA